GCAAUCGUGUCAGGAGGUUGUCAAUGGCUUGGUAAUCUUCGGAUCCAGUACAAGCUUAGAAGCAAGCUAAAAAGCACACUAUGAGGGUAAGGAAUCACACCUGUUGGCAGAAACGUACUGAAACAUUUCUGAUGCUGAUUUACAAAUAAUUAAGCCAGGCACAGUGUCAAGGAGCCCAUCUUCAGCCUUUCCUCCAGACCUUCUCACCUCCAUUACAGCCUCUUUCCUGGGCAACUCUGACUGCGUCUGUUGCCUCCUGCCUGACUAUGCAGCCCUCUACCCUAUCCUCCACGGCCAUGUCCUCUCCUUUUCUCUCCGCAACCUCCACCCUGCUGCACCCGUCCUCUCUGCUCAGCACUGAAAAUACCCAGCUGAAGCAGAACCAUCUCCUUUUCCCCACCCUCUCCUCCACUGUCUGCUCUCCCCACUCCCUUGGCCCUGUGCUCCGAAGCACUCCGUCCCUUGCUGGUGGACUUUCUUCUGCCUUUGUUCCUGGUUCUUCAGAAGAGCAAACAAGUGUGGCACAUAAAAAGGCAAACACUGAUCCAGUCAUUCGAAGCUGUGCUGAAGACAUCCCAUCCACAUAUAGUGCAGAGCUAGAUCAGGAUAUGGAACAUGAGGACCUCAAGGAGCAGGGGCUGCCCUCAGAGAUGCCUGUCGUGGAACAUAAACUGGCUGAGGAAGAAUGGAGGCAGAAAGUGGAUCUCAAGGAAGAGUAUGGGUUGUUUGAAACAAGCUCAGCUGAACAAGCAGAAGUAUUAAAAGCUAAAAAGUAUGAAUUGUUAAGUAUGGUGGCCUGCUCUUUGUUGACUAAAGAGCCUUCUCCUGGAAAGAAAGAUUGGGACAACAAGAAAAGUCAGUGGAGCAAGAUGAAGACGUUGGCUGCGGAUAUAACUAACAUUGAUCCAGAGUUUAUCCUCAAGGUGGCUCUCUAUACCAGGAAGGAUCUGAACAUUUGCACACAAGCAAACUUCCUGCUUGCCCUGGCAGCACACCUGCGCACUUCUAAGCCCCACCUGCGGAGGUACUUCUGCACAAUAGUGCAGCUUCCAUCUGAUUGGCUGGAAGUGUCAAGGCUCUAUAGCACGUGUUUCAGCCCGUCUCUACCCACCUGUCUGAAAAAAGCCCUUGUGGACAAAUUCAAGCAGUUCAGCGAGUAUCAACUAGCAAAAUACACUACACACAAACACCAAGGCAAAUAUAGCCAGAAAAAAGGCAAAACCCUGGAUGCUUCACCUGAACAGUGGAAAAGGUGGUCUAACCUUCUUAGAGUAAAUGUUUCAACCCUUCAGAAAUAUCUUUUGAAAGGCCAGUGUCCUGCAGUGGCUAAGAAACGGAGGGAGCUCAAUGUAAAGAAUCUAAUACAGCGUUUACAUAUCAAAGAGCCUGCUGAGUUUGUCAUGAGUGUCUUGGGGAAGAGGUACCCAGCUGAUCCGAAGACCUUUGCACGCAGUGGUCUGAGUGGGGUGUGGCAAAGUGAGAGAGCAGGCCAGCGCAUGAAGCUCAGGCAGCCAGACACAUGGAAGACCAGACUGAGUCAGGAGGGAAACACAGCUGCCACAUGGGAAAAGCUCAUAGACAGUAACUCUUUGCCCUUCACGGCCAUGCUGAGGAACCUGAGGAACAUGAUCACCCAGGGCAUCAGUGCCAAGCACCAUGAGAGAAUUCUGAAAAUACUCUCAUCAAAGUCUGAUGUGAUCCAGAGUAGGCUGCUCCCUUUCCGGUUCCUAUUAGCCUAUAAAGUGAUCAUGGAUCUCAGCAUGUCUCUCGGUGGUGCUGUGAAACCAUCAGACAGUUCUGCGGAAAUCCUGCGGAGGAUUCUGAUGCAAUUUCCACAAGGUGGGUGUUUCCCAGGCGAUGGCUGGGCAUCAGCCAGCCAUAGGAGGCUGCGUGCCACAAGGACAGUACCGUUUGUUCACCACCUGCUGAGAGUUCAACAUAGACGCCUACAGAAAACAAGCCAGAGAAUGUACACUCAAGACCUCCUGGAUCACUACCGGCAGGCCCUGGAUAAGGCAGUGCAGAUCUCCUGCAGGUACAACGUUCCCCUUAUCCCUGGCCGCACCCUGAUCUUUUGUGAAGUGGACUUCAUGGAGAGUGAUUGGGAAGGAGCAAAGGGGCUAUAUUUGCCUCCGGACUCUUCAGAGAGCAUGGAAAAGUCCAAGCAACGACCUUCGGAGAAGGAGGUUGCUUUCCUGUUGACCGUGAUGCUUAGCUACUGCUGUGAGCACUCUCAGGUGUUUUUGAUGUGCUACAGUGGCGUCCAGGAGAUCCAGCUCAAGCCUGAUGACUUUCUGGGCAGCGUGAGGCAUGCGCUGAAGCAGACCUUGGAACCUCACGAUGACUCUAAGUGGAUAUCUUAUAGUAACUUUUUCUCCCAGCAGACUGAACAGAAAACCAAGGUGGAUAGCAUAAUCACACUGAAUGAAUAUAAUAUGGAUUCAAGCCUUGAAAAUAACAUGAAUAGGUACCAGAAGACCUCCAACAAUGAUGUUGUCAUGGUUAACUUGCUCAUGAAAGUUCAGAGUGGCAACUUUAGCAUUGAGGACCAGAACCCAAACAUUUUGUGCCUGUACGGCUUUAGUGAGCAGAUCCUGAAGUUUGUUUCAGAGAGAGGUUCCUCCAGGCUCUUGGAUCAUGUGGAGUGCAUUGACAAGGUGCACAACAUCUCUCUGCCUGUGGUUGGUGAUGCUAAGUCUGAGGCUGAAGGAGUCACCAGUGUUGUGCCACUUCCUACCACUCCGAAGUUCAGGUGGCGAGGGGUACAUGUUUUCAUCUCAUCAGCAUUUCGGGACAUGCAUUCUGAGAGAGAUGUGCUGGUGCGUAGUGUGUUUCCAGAGCUGCGUCAACGUGCAGCACCAUACUGCCUCUACCUGCAGGAGGUGGAAUUGCGUCAGGGUGUCACUGAAGAGGAUUUGGGCCGAGCUGCGGAACUAUGUCUUUCUGAGGUCUGCCGCAGCCAACUGCUGCUUGGAAUUCUGGGAGAGAAAUAUGGGCUGAUGCCACCGCAGCCCUCACUGCCUAACCUGCCCCAGUACUGUUGGCUGGACUCUGCACCCUCUGGGCUGUCCAUCACUGAGAUGGAGAUUCGACAGUUUCAGUACCUGUAUCCUGAUUCUGCUAAAAACCGCAUGUUAUUCUAUUUCAGAUCACCCCACCUGGUCAGCUUGGUACCUGUGGCAUGGAGAGCAGAUUUUGCAGUUGAUUCUAAGGAAACUGCAGCCAAAAUGGACAACCUGAAAAAAUUGAUCCGGAACAAUGGAUAUAGAGUUCUGGAAAAUUAUCCAUGUGAGUGGGGUGGGCUCGUGGAUAGACGUCCCUGUGUGAAAGGCCUGGAAGAGUUUGGGAAGGCUGUGAUUGAUGAUCUCUGGGCAACUAUACAGAAGUUCUUUGUGGAGGAAGCAGAUGAACCAGAUUUGAUGUCGGAAAUAAAAGAACAGGAAGUAUAUCAGCAUGCCCAGCAACAGUGCUUCCAUGGCAGAGGAAAGUUGGUUUCCAUGGCAAUAGAAAAAGUCCAAGAGUGUCAGCAAAAAGGAGGGAUUCUACUGGUGGAGGGGCUUCCCGGAGAGGGCAAAAGUGUAUUCAUGGCUGCCUUGGCUCAUGCUCUCAGGACUCCAGAAAAGUUGAAGAGAGCACCUUUUUGUGAUGUCAUAUUCUAUUCCACAGCUGCUAGCAAAUCCGCUGGCAUGCCCAAGCACCUCCUACGCUGCCUGGUGCAAUGGUUGAAGAAGAGAAAAGAAGAGGAGGAAGAAUUGGCUUCCAGCAUAUCUUACAAAUCCCUGUUGUCAGAGUUCUUUGAAAGCCUGGCUGAGCUUGGAAAAGGACAUUCACUGGCCCUGUUUGUUGAUGGGGCAGACCUUAUACAUGAUGAUGGAGGAAAAGGGGCUUAUGAAUGGAUACCAGAGUGCCUUCCCAAGGGUGUCUGCUUGGUCCUAAGUGUCACCACAGAUUCCGUCCUCUGGAAUACCCUAAGUAAGAAGAAAGGUUCUAUCUUGUUUCCACUGGGACAUCUAUCAUUAACAGAGAGGAAGGAAAUUGUUCAGAAAGAGCUUGGUGUGUAUGGGGAAAAACUGAGCGAUUUUGCAUUUAACAGUCAGCUUCAGACACUGUUAAUGAAGAAGGGAGCUGAGAGUCCACUCUACCUCCAUUUAGCAUGUGAAGAGCUGAGAAACUACACCUCAUUUGAAAAGAUGAAGGACAGGCUGCAGGCUCUUCCUCACUCACUGUGUGAGCUGGUGCAACACAGCCUGUGUAUGCUGCAGGCUCAAUAUGGGGGAGGAGGGUUGGAAUGGGCCCUGGCUGCUUUAGCUGUCAGCUCCACUGCUCUGAGGGAGAGAGAUCUGUACUCUCUGCUGACUCUCAGCAAUGACCUGAGCUCCACUCAGGGUCCAUUCACCUGGAAGGAAGUACUUGAGCUAGCCAGGGAGCCAAAGAGCCGUGUUCCAAUGCUGAUAUUUUCACAACUGGCACAGAAUCUACGAAGUUUGAUCCAUCCAUCUUUUUCACAUGGGCCGGAUGAGGCUCUCACUCUGACCAUCACAGGCGUGAGGUCAGCUUUUGAGCAGCUCUACCUGUCUACUGAGAAGGAUAGAAGCAGAGCACAUCUAAUACUGGCAGCUCACCUUUGGGUACAUUCAGACCCUCUGGGAAAAGAUACAUUUCUUCAUUGUGACGCAGAUUCUCUCACUCACCUACCCGUCCACCUGAUAAAGUGCCAUCAGUGGGAGCCUGUGUAUUUCCUGCUUUCAAGUUUCAACUUCCUGUAUGCUAAUGUGCGACAUGGACUUUUGCACGCCCUCUUGGAGAAUUAUGUUUUGUUGUCAAAGACUAAUGAAAUUCACCAACAGCACCAAGAGCCACCAGAUCACUUGGAUGAGCUUCAUCACUGUCACAGUUUCCUAAAGCGCCAUGCCCAUCUCCUCUCCCAUUGGCCAGCUCUGUUUGUGCAACAAGCUCUUAAUGAACCAAACGAGUCCUCUGCACAUGUCUGGGCAAACAUGAUGACUGAGCAGGGGGGAGUGCAUGCAGUGAGGUGGCUGAACAAGAACAGAGGCCAAAAGCAAGCAGCUAGUGAGCUGGUGUCCACUUUUAAGUGGGGACCGUGCUGUGUGGCACUGAGUCCUGCAGGAGGGGUCCUAGCAGUGGGCACCCAGCGGGGAACUCUGCACUGUUUCCACAUUGACACCAGCCGGGUAAUGCCUGCUGUUAGUUUUCAGGAAGUGCAAACACUGACGAGCAGCUGUGAUGGAGUGUCUGGAUGUAAGUUCCUGGAUGAGGGUGUUGUUUGCACCACCUCAUAUGACGGGCACGUGGAGGUGUGGGAUAUUGGCUCUGGAUACAGGACUGCCUAUUUGAAUGCCCACUCAAACCAAAUCACAGGAUGUGAUGUCAGCUCAGACAGGAAGCACUUUGCUACUGUCUCAUUAGACUUCAACCUAAAGGUAUGGUCUUCCGAGAAAUAUAAAGAGAUGGUGUGUCUCCCAAACCCUUCCCCUCUGAACUGUGUGACCUUUGAACGUGAAGGCAUGGUCCUGGCUGUGGGAUGCUGGGAUGGAGCAGUGCAUGUGUGGGACUGGCUUAGGCAGGAGAUGCGCAUGACUCUGUUGGGUCACCAGUGCUCUGUCCGCAGUGUAGCAUUCUCUUCCUCCUCCUCCUCUUUGCUCUGUUCAGGUUGUCUGGCUGGAGAGGUGCGCUUGUGGUCCACGUCUGCUGCUGCCUGCAUGGGCUUCUACCAGGCUCACUGUGGCAGCACUGAAGCCCUCAGCUUUCUGCCUGAUGGAGACACACUCCUCAGCGCGGGACAUGAUGGCAAGGUCCAUUUGUGGUCAGCUAGUCUUGGAUGCUUCGUUUCUGUCCUGGGAGAGCAAAAGAAGCGAGUUGUACACAGACCUGCUGCAGUAGCUGAUGUUGCGCACUCUGUGGCUGUAGCUAACGGCUACGCAGCCGUGGGUUACCAUGGAGAUGGCAUCAAGCUUUUCAGUUUGGAGUCAGGUGAGAGGGUAUGGUCCACUGAGGACUCAUGGCUAUCCGUGUCAUGCAUGUUGUGGCUGGAGGCAGAGGCGGAUGACCUGCUGCUGUCUGGUUCCUUGGACCACCACCUCCGGCUCUGGAGAAGACAGGCGGCUGCUGCAGGGAGCCUCACCCUUAGAGGGGCUUUUGGAGUCCAGGAGGGAGCCAUCCUUGCCCUGGCCCAAAGCGCCACCUAUGUAGCAUCGGCCUCUGAUGACUUUACUAUUGCGUUGUGGUGGAAGAAUGAGUUAACCUCUGAACCCUGGGUUGAACCAAGUGUGGCAAGGGUUCUGAGAGGUCAUAGUGGAGGGGUCACAUGCCUGGCCUUCAGUCCUGAUGAAAAGCAUCUUCUGUCUGGAGGGAAGGAUCAGACUUUGAUGGUGUGGAAGGUGUGCUCCUCCCCUCCAUCUCUCUUCCAGUCUUUACCUGAUUGCCAUGGAGACUGGAUCAUGGCCUGUGCUUGGACUGCGUCAGCUAUGUUGAGCUGCUCCAAUGACUGCCGGCUCUGUCUAUGGGAUAUCCAAUCAGGAAGCUGUAUUAGAGAAGUGUUGACUAUGUCCUCUCUCACCACACUAUGUUGCUGGAAAGACUAUGUAAUCCUGGGCUCUGCUGAUGGGCUUCUGAGAGUGUGGAAUUCAGAUGUGGGGAUGAUCACUGAGAUCCAGGCCCACCAUUCAUGCAUCCACAACACCACCAUCAUCUCUACAGCAGCCCCAGAAGGGAACUUGAAAACACAGGACUUAUUGGUUGCCACAGCAUCUGAGGAUGGAACUGUAAAACUCUGGCACCCUUUGCAGGUGCAGCAUCAUAACUCUCACUCUGAUCACAGUGGUGCUGUUCAGGAUGUAGUGAGUGGGCAUGGCCAGUGGUUCUUCUCAGUGUCUGAGGACCUCUCGCUUCGAGCAUGGAGCUUCACUAUAGGUUCCUGUGUUCCUCAGUCAGGCAUCGCUGCUGAGAUUGAGACAUCCUGUAGAGAGUCUGUUACUGUGGCCUACUUUCUGGAAAGAGGGGAACUGGUAGCGUGUGGUUACCACUCAGGCAGACUUCAGUUAUGGCAUCACAACUCACUGGUUUACUCAAAUAAGGUCAGUAACAACCGCAUUGGAGCGAUCUCCAGUCUGCCCAAUCAGCAGAUUGCUCUGGCAUCUAGUGACUGCUCAGUGACAGUGUGGAACCUGCAGUGGGACUCUCAACAUUGCACCGCAAGUCUAUUCCAAGUGUCAUCGUAUACAGUGGAAUCUCCAGUGGCUUACAUGUACUACAGUAAUUUUCUCCUGGGACUGUGUAUUGACUCUAUAAUUACUGAUGUCUUCUGCAGUGACAGAACAAAUUUGGAUUUAUUUCUAGAACCAACACAACCUCUGGGAAUUGUGAAAAAUGAUGCGAAGAGUGUUUGGGUUCUGGGAGAAAAUGACUGUGAGCUCCAGCUGUACUUCAUUCUGUUUAUAGAUCCUGUUACAUCCUGGUAUGCGUCUAACGUAAUCAUUACGUUACCUGUGGGAAAAGGUUCCAGUAAUGAGAAGAGCGAGAUGCAGUCUGAGAGCCCGCCUGAGGAGCAGUAUAAGCCAAGGAAAACUUGCAUCACAGCUGCUGCAAUGCACAAAGGGUUUAUUGUGUGUGGAGAUGCCAAAGGUUACAUGCGGUUCAACCAGCCACCCAGGAUGGCGGCCUGGAGUGAACAAAGAAAAGCACACAGUGACAGAAUCAGUGUGUUACGCCUCACAGACAGCACCAUCAUCUCGGCCUCUUACGACAAGACUGUCAAACUGUGGGACAGAAACACAAAGAAACAGGUGGGAAUGUUUGUGUGCAAGGCUCCAGUGCAGGUCCUAGAGGUGAACCAGGAUGACCCCAGGCAGCUGGUAUGUGGGGACACUCUGGGGAAGAUCUACUUCCUGUCCUGGACUGGGUGAUGAGUUAGAUAUGGAUAGUGCGUGUUAAUCUCAUUUAACAGAUGUGUCUGUAAUACCACAUUCUGUAUGGUACUUGUUUUGUAGCAAUUUAAAAAGUUGUAAUUCUGAAGUAGAAAUGGGGAGCUAUACUUGGAUUUUAAUGCAGUGAAAUAGCAAAUUAACUUUACGGGCCAGAUAUAAGAAUAUCCAGUGCUGAAUCAUCCUUUAGUCCAAAACUACACUUAAUUCAAAUCCACAAAACUGGCUCUAUGUUUUUACACAAUGAUGGGAAUUAUGUUUCAUUUUCAGUGAAUUUAAAUCUGAAUUACAUCUGAAUAAAUGUUCAAUUGUGCUUCAAUCCCUUA